AUGCCAGUAUGUUUUGGUGUUUAUAAUGUAUGUGGAUUUAAUAAAAAAUAUAACACCAUAUUAUAUAGAGAACCGAUUUUAAUAAAUAAAGAUUACGAUAGUAAAUAUAUCAUAUUUUUUCCUGGUGAUUAUUCUAAUUUUUUUUCUAAUUCUGUUUAUACAUCAUUUAUAUUAGAAUCAACAUAUGAGUGUACAAGUUAUUGUUUUAGUUAUGAAGCCUUAUUUUGGGUAAUAUCUCGAAAGUAUUUAUAUGAUCAUAUAAUAUUUAUUAAACCUAGUACUUUUUAUAAUUAUUAUGCUACGUUUUCUAAUUUUUUGCAAUUCCCUGAAAUAUCUUCCAAUAUAGUUACUGGAAACAUCAUUGAAAAAAAUUCACAAGAACAUAAUAAGACCACAACAUAUAAUAAUAAUGAUACGUCAGCAACAUGUAUAAAACAUUUACUCUGCUUAUUGAUCUCAUUAAAUGAGAAACUAUCAGAAAACAAGAAAAAAAAAAAAAAUUAUAAUAGUAACUGUAAUACUAAUAAUGUGAGAAAUACUUUUAAUAGUAAUAUUAAUGAUUCCAAUGAAAUUAAUAAUAGUGAUAUUUAUAAAUAUGCUACUAAAGAUAAAACAAACAAAGAAGAAAAAUUUAUUAAUGACAAUUAUGACAAUGAAUAUUACAGUAAAUAUUUAAAAGAAAAAAUAAAAAAUAAAUUGGUUUUAAUUGGUUUUAGCAAAGGAUGUACAGUGUUAAUUUCUUUAUUAAGAGAAGCAAAUAAAAUGAAUUUUUUUUGGGAAAAAGUUGAUUCUAUUUUCUUUUUAGAUCCUGGUUUUAAUAAAAAUACUUUUAAUUCUAAUAUUGAAAAUAAUUCAUUAGAAAAAAUUUCUGAAUACAAUUUAAAAAUAUUUAUUCACUCAACUCCUCGUCAAAUAACUGAUGAGAGUGGUGUCUGCAUUCAUAAAGAAUUAUUGAAUUUUGUUAAUUUAUUAAAAAAAUUCCAUAUAUAUGUUUCUUCUUAUUUGCAUUAUACAAAUAUUAAAAAGUCAAUAAAUCCUUUUAGUUUACAUUUUGAAAUACUAGUAGAUUUUUCUGAGGAUAUUUCAGCAGACAUACACACAGAUUCACUGUUAUUAAAUCCUUAUGAAAAAAUAGAAAUAAAAUUAUGUAAAAAUAAAAAAUGUAAGGAAAAUUUUCUUUUUGAGAAUUGGAGAGAAAAUUCAUUUUUAAACCAAAUGUUUUAA